UCUCUGGCUGUGGUGGAUUUUCCUUUUCCUCCUGGAACUUGGAAGCAAAGCAAUUUCUGAAAAUCUAGCUUUCAGUGGCAUUGAGCUCUGACAAGUGACAAUGGCUUCUCUUCGCUUGCAUCUUCUCUCCAAUCUCCAUUCCAGUCCAACGCUCUUAUUUCAGAGAAAUCCCCAUCAAAUCCCCUCCCUGCAUUUCCCUCUCAAACCUUGCCAGAAGGUUUCCCGCCAAAAGAGAUGCUUGACCGUUUCGUUUGCACUCACAGAAUCAGAUUCCCCCAAAUCAAUUGAGACCCAAUCCCUCCUCCAAGAUCUUGCAGAUAGUUUUGCUCUUCCUCCUGAUUACUUGGCACAGCUCCCYCGCGAUCUUCGUCUCGAUCUGAAUGACGCCGCUUUUGAUCUUGCUAACGGGCCGGUCAUCGAUGAGUGUGGUCAAGAGCUAGGAGAAACACUGUUGAACCUAUCACGAGCAUGGGAACUAGCUGAUACAUCAACUUCCUGUAGUUUAGCAAGCAAGCUUCCCUCAUUGGAGGGUUCUUUAACAAACAAUGCCAAAUCAGCAUUUGGAAAACGCUUGGUAUCUGCUGGAAGGAGAUUUGAAUCCAUGGGACUGUAUGGUCAAGGGGAGUUACAAAGGAUUGCUAAAUCAAUGAUCAAGGCUGGAAAGCUAUUGUUAGCAAGCCCAGUAACGACAGUUACCAAUGAAGAACCCAAAAAAGAAAGUCGAACUUUGAAAUUUGGAGAAUUACAGGUUGAGAUAACUUCAGAUAAAGCCAACAUUGGAGCAGCAAUUGGUUUUGUUUUUGGGAUUCUCUCAUGGGGACUAACCCAAGGCAUCCAAAACAUCCCAGAAAGCUCACUACAAUAUGCAAAUGAUAAUGCAUUGCUGCUGGCCAAGUCACUGAGGGGAGCGCUACUGGCACUUGGCUACUCAUCAACAUUCUUGUCUGUUUUUGCCUCAGUAGGACUUUUACUACUUGGGAGACAGCUGAAAUCCAAACAACAGUGAAGUUUCAAGAGAAUCAUUAGCCUCAAUCAUAUUUGUAAUGAUGAUGCAUCUACAUAAUUGUGUAUAACAGAAAGAAGCCAGUAAAAAGUUGCAUCAUUGAAGAUUACGAGUUGCAACA